UUUUCAUCCCCUAAUCAGAAAAAGUGAAAAACCCACCGAAGUCCGACACAACACUUCGCAGUUCAGAAACAAAGAAAGAAGGGAAGCCUAGACUCCCCCUUCCUCUCUCUCGCUCUCUCUGAGGAGUGAGAACUGAAUUAUCGACACCAAAGGAGAAAAAAGGAAUCAACACUACUCUAUUUUGGCUGUGGGUGCACUUAUUUUGGCAAACAAAGGUUGAUUGGCAGUGUUUAUUGUAUAGUUCGUUGGUAUAUGCAAGCAAAGAGUUGAGUUUUAUAAAUAAUUGCCAAAUGGCGGAAAUGGUUGGACGAAGGUUGUACAGUUGCUGCAAUUGCAGAAACCAAGUUGCUCUUCACGAUGAUGUUAUAACCAAGUCUUUUCAGGGGAGAAAUGGUCGAGCGUUUUUGUUCUCCCAUGCAAGGAACAUAAUGGUAGGUCCUAAGGAGGAUAGACAAUUGAUGACUGGUCUUCACACGGUGGCUGAUAUCUACUGCUGUGAUUGCCGUGAGGUGUUGGGAUGGAAAUAUGAACGGGCUUAUGAAGAAAUUCAGAAGUACAAGGAAGGGAAAUUCAUUCUUGAGAAGUUAAAAAUUGACAAAGAGAACUGGUAGUACCCAUGUAAAUUUUCUGGAUGAUUCUCCUGAUCUAGCAAGUGUAUGGAUGCCUUUCUGUGCUUUUCUUCUUCCCAAUUGAAAAUAUUCGCGUAUUGUUCUUCCCUGUGCAUUCUUGUUGUUUUCCUUGAGUGGAUAUUGUACUGGAUAUUAUUCAUUUUGUUAAUAAAAUUGUGA